GUCAUGAAAAAGGAAACAUAUUAAUUAAAUUUUUGCCCAGGAAUAAAAAAGGAAAACAUAUUGGCUGAAGUUAUUUUUGACGCGUGAAAUAGGCGCCGGCGUUCAUCGUUGAAAAGCGAAAAUGGAUAUACCUCGUCUGAAACUUGGAACCCAAGGCCUGGAGGUUUCCAAGUUGGGAUUUGGUUGUGCGGGGCUUAGUGGAGUGUUUGACGGCCCUGUUCCUGACGAGGUUGUCAUCUCUCUAAUCAAGUAUGCAUUCAGUAAUGGAAUCACUUUCUUUGAUACUUCCGAUUUUUACGGUCCCUACACUAAUGAAGUUCUCGUAGGAAAGGCACUGAAGGAGUUGCCACGAGAUCAAAUUCAGAUUGCCUCAAAAUUUGGGAUUGUGAAAGUUGAGUCCAAUGAUGCCAUUGUAAGAGGUGAUCCUGAAUAUGUUCGGUCGUGUUGUGAGGCAAGCCUGCGCCGCCUUGGUGUGGAAUAUAUUGAUCUCUAUUAUCCGCACAGGAUUGACACAACAGUACCAAUUGAGGAAACUAUGGGAGAGCUUAAAAAGUUGGUUGAAGAGGGAAAAGUAAAAUACAUAGGAUUGUCGGAAGCUAGCCCAGACACAAUUAGAAGGGCGCAUGCUAUUCAUCCAAUUACUGCUCUGCAAAUGGAGUGGUCCCUUUGGUCUCGUGAAAUUGAAGAUCAACUCCUUCCACUUUGCAGGGAACUUGGAAUUGGAAUAGUACCAUUCAGUCCCCUUGGCCGUGGAUUUUUUGGUGGUAAGGGGGUCAUAGAAAGUAUACCUGCAGACAGUUAUCUGGCAAUCCAGCCAAGGUUUCAGGGGCAGAAGCUCGACAAGAACAAGACCUUUUAUUUUAGGAUGGAAAAGUUAGCAGAGAAGCAUGGAUGUACAACACCACAACUUGCUCUUGCAUGGCUUCUUCAUCAAGGGAACGAUGUGGUACCCAUCCCUGGAACAACAAAAAUAAAAAAUCUUGACAACAACAUAGGCUCAUUAAAAGUGAAGUUGAGCAACGAUGAUUUGAGGGAAAUUACAGAGGCAAUACCAAUAUCUGAGGUGGUAGGGGAUCGGACUGUUGAUACUUUUAUGCGCUGCUCGUGGAAGUUUGCUAAUACUCCACCAAAGCAUAGCUAGAUGCGGGCAACACCUUUUCAAGUUUUUUUUUAUUAUCAUAUUAUUGGUACGGAAUAUUAUAUUUAUCAGCUUUAUUAGUAACUAAUUUGAGUAAUUUCCAUAGGGAGCCUUCUCAAGUUAUAAUUUGCUAUGUCUUUCCAAAUUUAUGGAUAUCGUAGUGUACUUUUAAAUUAGACUUUAUUUUACCUACAUGUGUAUUGGCCUCAGACCUCAGUGGAUGCCGAUGGAGCCUAAAUCCUUUAUGUGUAAGCUUUGUGUAUGGAAAAGAUGAUACGAGAACACUUUCAACACCUAA